AUGACGCCACAGAGCUGGCCACCAUCUUUCCCCAGCCUGGAUGAGAUCAUAGACAUGCACUAUGCUUUCUACGAGCACCUGAAGAAGCUGCGUCAGCACAAUUUCAUCGUCAAGGCCAUCGGAACCACGUUACUCAAUAGGUUUGGAGGGACAGAGGGUGAGUGGUUUCAGAAGCUGACGUCUAGGUUCUGUAGUCACCAGACGUGGGCCCUGGAACAGCUGAAGAUGAGACAGAAGAAAGACCCUCGUUUCAACUCCUUCAUACUGGAGGCAGAGAGUAGGCCUCAGUGUCGUAGGCUGCAGCUGAAGGACAUCAUCCCCACUGAGAUGCAGAGGCUCACCAAAUACCUACUGCUGGAAAACAUUGCCAAGUGCACAGAGGACACCUUGGAGAAGGAGAGUAUUCAGCAGAGUGCAGAGUGCUGUAGGAAGAUCCUCAACCACGUCAACGAGGAGGUCAAACAGAUGGAGAACCUGCUGACCCUGAAAGACUAUCAGCGCAGGCUGGACACCUCAGGACUCAAACCCAGUAAUGAGCUGUACCUGGAGUACAAGUACCUUGACCUGGCCCAGAGAAGGAUGAUAUAUGAGGGGCCUCUGACCUGGAGAGUGACCAAGGAGAAAACAUUAGAAGUGCAAUGUGUGUUGCUGGGGGAUCUGUUGGUGCUGUUACAGAAGCAGGAUGAUAAGAUGGUGCUGAAGUGUCAGAGUAAGAGUAACAUCGCUGUUCAGGAGGGCAAGCAGAUGCUCAGCCCUAUCAUCAAACUAGACUCUGCCUUCCUCCGAGAGGUGGCCACAGACCGUAAGGCUUUCUACGUGAUCUUCACCUGGGACAGCGGGGCUCAGAUCUGAACUGGUGGCUCAAUCUGUCGGGAGAG